GUGGAGCUACCGGCUGGCCACGUCCACCAUUCUAGACAAUUCGGGUAUCGGUUUAUUGCUACCCCAAUGAAAAAUGUCUGGCUCCGCCACUGUCUAGGACGUUUCGACUGUGCUGUAGUUCGAGGUCGGCUUUGACAAUACCUCAGUCCAACUUUAGAUCAGUUUGCUAAAGUACGCUAAUGAUGUCAUAGCGUAGUGGAGGUGUCCGGAAGUCACUCCCCAGCCUCUUUAUUCAACCUGUUUGGCGGACUCGCCAUGCAAUAAAAGUCUCUAAGUACGCAUCACGUUGUGGACACUUUGAUGAACUGUACGGACCGCGACGAGCUUUCUGACGGAAGAGGAAUGGACUGGGGACACGCACACGAACCGUGGACAAGAUCAUGCCAGGAGUGAUGCCGCCUGCCUUCCUGUUGUGUCUUCCACCCUGCUCACUGCAAGCAUCAUGCAAAGAGACAAUGAUGGACUGGACAAGUCUAUUUAUAGCCAGCCUUUCGGACAACACUCGCCCCUCGUUUCGAGCUGUGUGGACUGAGUGGACAUCCGCCGUGGCUCGUCUGUGCACAUGUGAUCAUGACCGAGAGAGAGAAGAGAGAGGAGAGUCGAGAGUGGAUUAAUCCAUAGGAGGAAGAUGGGAGGCUGAGUGUGAUAAGAAGCAGCAGGGACGGACGGGGAUGCAGGAUUCAGCAGCUUCUCUCCUGCUUCGAAUGGGAGCCAGGAUACUUCCAGGUGUAGGAAGAGGGCUGCUGAAGGCUGUCCCGUCUAGCUGGGAGGCACACUGGAACACUGUCCUGAAUCAUGGACUGAUGAUGCAGGAUGAUGCUUAACAAGCACCUCCGCUCUUAACAUCUUCCAGGUCAAGCGAUGAUGCGUGGCUUGUCAAAGUGGUUGCUUAUAGUCAGCAUCUCCACCAAAGCAUGAUGCCGCUCUCCAAAAUGGACCCCAAACGGCAAUACAACGACCUCCCAAAUCCCACAAGACGACUUCCUUCCUGUUCCUCAUCCUCUGGGUCAUCAGGUACCACAGAGUUGCUUCUGAGAGGUCCAGCUCUGAAAAACCUUGUACACCAAAGUUCUAGCCUAUAUUCCCAAAGGAGCCCGGCAGUGAUGGAACGGACUGAUGGAACUAGCUCAGCGUACAACAGUCCUCGUAUUCCAAAGAGAGAAACUCCCCGCUCCAAAGACACGUUGGACCUCCACACAGGCACUCUGACCCAACGGGCCCUUCGAGAUCUUCAGCUAAGAAGAAACACCAACAAGAAUUGGACCUUUGGGAAAUAUCGUCAGAGGAACGUUGACAAUGCCGACAGCGCAGAAAAAGCAGUCUUGUCCCGGCAACAGUCUGGGAGAGGACAUCUUUAUACUAAAGGGCGCAACAGAAAUGUGGUGUCUUUGGAUGGAAUCAGGGGCUUCCCACCAGAGGUGAGGAUCAUCUCCAAUCAGGACCACAGUGCUUCCAGAAUAAAGAUUAGUGAGCCAGGAAGAGUAACCAUGGCAGCUGUUGCUCCCUUCAGGUUCAGGUAUAAGGCUCAGGAGGACCAAGAGGCCACGCUGGAGGACCUGAGUGACUGUUCCUCUGAUUCCAUGGAGGUCUGCUGUGAUGAUCUCGACCCCGAGUCACAGAGGAAGCGCACGGUGCAGAAUGUCCUUGACCUCCGCCAGAAUUUGGAAGACACAAUGUCAAGUCUGCGGGGCUCUCAGCUCAGCCACAGCUGUUUGGAAAGCAGCAAUGUGGGCUACGACAGUGACGAGACCAACGCUCGUAGCAUGUCCAGCCUAUCCAACCGCUCCUCGCCUCUGUCAUGGCGCCAUGGCCAAUCCAGCCCUCGCCUCCAGGCGGGCGACGCCCCGUCCUCCACGGCAGGAGGAUACCAGGGGGUCAAGACUGCCUCCCAGUAUGCAGCCCAAACCAUGCCGGCUCGCUGCUCGAGUCACCUCAGCAGCACGUCACGUAUCGAGCUGCUAGAUGGGCUUGAGGACGCCGACCUCAAGUCCGGCUACCUGAGCGACAGUGACCUGUUAGGAAAGAGCCUCCCGGAUGACGAGGACAACCUCACCAAUGGCUGGGAUGAAAGCAGCUCCAUCAGCAGUGGUCUCAGCGACGGCGAAGCCGAAGGCUCAGACAAUCUCAGCUCAGAGGAGUUCAACGCCAGCUCGUCCCUCAACUCCCUCCCAAACACGCCGCUGGGAUCCAGACGCAACUCCUCAGUUAUGCUCCGCACGGAUGCGGAGAAGCGCUCCCUGGUGGAGAGCGGACUCUCCUGGUACAACGAAGAUGGCAAAGUCGGUCACAAGCUGGACGCCGGCAGCUUUGACACGGGAAGUCUCAAAAUGGAAGCACCGAGCAAGUGGAGGAAAAAGCCCCCGAGCCUGAGUGAGGACCUGGGCGUCAAGGGGGAACUGAGGAAACCUCAAAGUUUGGGUGCGCCGGGGAGCUUUAAGAAGAGUCGGAAUCCUCCAGUGGGUGUGACCUCCCCUAUCACCCACACAUCUCAGAGCAUGCUGAAAGUGGCAGUACCAAAGAGUGAGAAACCACAGGAUAAAUCCAAGAUUUCCAUCAAGACUGCUGGUCUCCAAAGGUCACGCUCCGAUGCAGGCCGGGAUCAUCACAUGACGGAGCCCCGUAAGCCCCCUUCUGGUCUGGUCAAACCCACGACUGGAGCCUCUUUUGGCUACAAGAAGCCACCCACUGCCACUGGUACUGCCACAGUGCUGACAGCAGGGGGCGCCACCAUCUCCAGUGGCUCUGCAACUGUGGGGAAACCUCCCAAGUCCACAGCAAUCCCAGUGAAGCCCGUGGGGGGCCGCAAGAAUAGCUUUGAUGCCAGCAGCGAGCAGAGCUUCCUGGGGCCAAAUGCCCGAAACAGCAUCCAGUACCGCAGCCUGCCUCGCCCUGCCAAGUCCAGCACACUCAGUGUGAUUGGUCGCCCAACAUCCCGACCUGUCAGUGGCACCAUAGAUCCAAGUCUGUUGAGUCUAAAACCUGUCAGCAUGGCCUCAGCAAACCCAAGAGUGAAAGAACCCUCCAGUUUCAGCAGUAAAAUAUCAAAUCGGACAUUCACUGGCCCAGUGAACCAGACAGACAGAGAGAAGGAAAAGGCGAAGGCCAAAGCUGUGUGCGCUGACAUGGACGGUGGCUCUGUGAAAGGAGAUGAGGUUGUGUCUGAGUCCUCACGAGAGUCUGUGGUGAAACCGCACGGCCUAAGACGGACCAGCAGCAGCAAAUAUCCCGAACUGUCUUCACCCACCACACCGAGGAUGUUGGCCAAGUCUCUGGGUCGUCCACCCAGUUUGGCACAUCUAGACAAGGUGAACUCCAACAGUCUCGACUCCUGCGUAACCAUUCAGGAUCUCCCUCCCAAAGUCCCUCCUUACUCCAGGCUCCAGGACCUGGCUGGCUCCCACUCUGCAGCCCGUCUGACCCCGAGCCCGGCGCCUGUGCUCCACAUCGACUCCCAUGGCUCGUACACCAACGGGAGCCUGGGUGGUUCACCUCUGCUCUACCCCAAACUGUCAACUAUGCACCGCAGCAUGGAGUCGCUGCCCCUCCAAAUGAGUGUGCCCUCUUCUGCCAGGUUUAGCACCACAGAGUCGCAGAAUCAGGAAAGGGGUGCAGGGACAUGGGGCACUGGGAGCAGGACAUCCCUCAACCUUUUCGAAGGGCUGCAAACAGACAGGAACACUUUGCCAAAGAAAGGCUUGGAACGCUGCGGCUCGAGCCUGUCGGACAGUGACGGAAUAAAACCAGGAAGACGGCACUCCCACAAUGUAGUCAGCAUGACUGAGAGUGACAGCCCACCUCAGCUGCCUUCGCCCACCCGCCCACUCCACCUCUUGUCCAAAGCCCCUCUCACCAACGUGGUUGCACCAAUUUCUUCAGGCACUCCGAGGAUAUCACGCUCUAACAGCAUUGGGCCUCCCAGUGACUCCGCCUGUGAGCUGUUUGGAUCCUCUCCCCUUGGCAGCAGCAUGUCCCUGGCUGAAAGGCCCAAAAGCAUGAUGAGGUCUGGGUCGUUCCGUGAACCUACAGAUGACGUGCACGGUUCUGUACUCUCUCUGGCUUCCAAUGCUUCUUCCAACUAUUCGAAUGAGGAGAGAAUACAAGGAGAGCAAAUCCGCAAACUCCGACGUGAGCUGGAAUCCUCGCAGGAAAAAGUGGCCGACUUGACCAUGCAGCUUUCUGCUAACUUAGGCCAGGCUAAUCUGGUAGCAGCUUUUGAACAGAGUCUGGCACUGAUGACAGCUCGUCUUCAGACCUUGUCUGUGUCCUCUGAGCAAAAGGAUUCUGAACUGAAUGAUCUGAGGGAAACCAUUGAGAUUCUAAAGACUAAAAACACAGAAGCCCAGGAAAUCAUUCACGGGGCUCUCAAUAAUUCUGAAAUUGCAUCUAAAGAACUGCAGAUCAAUCGUCAAAACUCGUCCGAAAGCAUCUCGAGCCUCACCAGCACCACCAGCCACUCGAGUAUGGGCAGCCUGAAGGAACAGGAGGCCAAGAAGAAGAAGAAGAAGAGCUGGUUACGCAGCUCCUUCAACAAGGCCUUCAGUAAGAAGGGCUCUAAGGGACCCUAUGCCGACAUUGAGGAAAUCGCCACACCGGAGUCAUCCGCCCCGUCAUCACCCAAAGUCCACCGUGAUGGAGAUAACCCUCCACCAUCAUCUAUGAAAGCCUCAGCCUCUGCAUCAUCAUCUGGGCUAUGUGAGGGGGGCCAGGCAGGGGAUGACAGGGUUGUGUCGGACCUUCGCUCGGAACUCUGGGAAAAGGAGAGGAAACUGACUGACAUCCGCCUGGAGGCUUUAACCUCUGCCCAUCAACUGGAGCAGCUGCAGGAAACCAUGACCAACAUGCAGAGGACAGUGGAAAAUCUAAAGGUAGAGAACGACCAACUGAGGACAAGUGGCAUGUCCCCCUGUCCUUCUCCUGGACCCUCCAGUUCCAUCUCCCAGUCCUCGGGUCUCACUUCUCUCUGCAAUUCAUCACCACGGCAGUCAGUAGCGGUGGCUAAAGGUUACAGCAGAAGGCUGAGUGAUGGAACCAGCACAGGUAUAUCAGAUUCCACCGAUUACGCAAGCCAGUCAUCGCAGAGAGAUGACCACCGUGUCAGGGUGGUGGUUUCCAUCGUGGAUUUACACGUCUUUAAAGAUGAGGUCAAACAGUCGGAUUUGUUCAUCGGCACCGUCAGAGUGAACGGUAGGAUGGACUGGCCCAUGCUGGACUCAGCCGUCAGCCAGGCCUUUAAGGUCUACAUUGCCAAAGUGGACCCCACCGCUAGUCUUGGCCUGUCCACAGACUCCAUCUUCAGUUACAGUAUGGGCCAUAUCAAGAGGGUUCUUGGAGGAGAGGCUCCAGAGACGCAGCCCUCCCGCUGCAUGUCCCGAGGGCCCACUGGUAUCACUGUGGCUCUGAAAGGCUUGAAGGAGAAGUGCGUGGACAGCCUCGUCUUUGAGACCCUCAUACCCAAACAGAUGAUGCAACACUACAUUAGCCUGCUACUCAAACACCGCAGACUCAUCCUAUCUGGACCGAGCGGAACGGGUAAGACCUACCUCGCCUCCCGUCUGGCCGAGUACCUGGUGGAUCGCAGCGCCCGCGAAGUCUCUGAUGGCAUCGUGGUGACCUUCAACAUGCAUCGUCAGUCGUGCAAGGAUCUGCAGCUGUAUCUCUCCAACUUGGCCAAUCAAAUCGAUCGAGAAACCAGCUCCUCUGAAAACCCCCUGGUCAUUAUUGUGGACGACAUUCAUGACCCAGCUGCAGUCAGUGAACUUGUCAAUGGGGCGCUCACUUGCAAAUAUCACAAAUGUCCAUACAUCAUCGGAACAAGCAAUCAGCCAGUGAAGAUGACUGCAAACCACAGCCUGCACCUCAGCUUCAGGAUGGUGACCUUCUCCAACAAUGUGGAGCCAGCUAACGGCUUCCUGGUGCGAUACCUGCACAGAAAGUUGAUGGAGUCUGAGGACGAGAGGAGCUUGACCAAUGACGACUUGAUCCAGGUGCUGGACUGGGUUCCCAAACUAUGGUAUCAUCUGCACACCUUCCUGGAGAAGCACAGCACAUCUGACUUUCUCAUUGGACCCUGCUUCUUCCUGUCCUGUCCUGUCACAGUAGAUGAGUUUCGAUCAUGGUUCAUUGACCUAUGGAACCAUUCUAUUAUUCCCUACUUGCAAGAAGGAGCCAAGGAUGGCAUCAAGCUCCACGGCCAGAAAGCGGUAUGGGAGGACCCCGUAGAGUGGGUGAGGGGCACUCUGCCUUGGCCUUCUGCUCAGCAGGACCAGGCAAAGCUGUUCCAUCUUCCUCCUCCGAGCAUUGGCUCUAGCAGUCCUGGUCAGUCCGGCGAGGAGAAGUCUUACAAGGAAACUACACCAAGCUCUGUGGACUCUGACCCGCUGAUGGCAAUGCUUCUGAAGCUUCAAGAGGCUGCCAAUUACAUUGAAUCCCCAGACAAAGACGAGCCCAGCCUGUCGAGACUGUGAACAAGCUCACACUUUAAACUCAGCACUUCAUAUCAUAAACUUUCUAGUCAUUAUUACUUGUCUGCUGUACUGUACAUUCAGGAACCUUAAGAAAUGGUUGUAGGGUGAUUUUAAAGUGUCAUUCCUUCACUGGAAGGUCAUGCAGUAUUUCCAAGAAGGCAUAGAGCAAUUGAAAUAUAUAUAUAUAUUGUAGUAGAUUCACUGCAGGGCCCCUUUACCACCUCGUUGUCCUCAGUACUCUUCUUAGAUUGGUGCUAAUAGUUCAAGAUUAAACACUUCAGGUGAAACAGUGCAUCAUGGAAUACGUUGUGCUUGUCCACUGAAGCUGUUCUCACACACAGUAGAGUGACUGCUGCUGGGAAAAAAAGAAAGAAAAAAAAAAAAAAAAAAGAGUAUGACAGCAGGAAGUCGCUGAAGUUUGUCCGUCUCUAAAGCCAAAUGUUACACAUUAUGCAAUCCUCAACGUUCCAACCUGAGCAGGUAAAAAAAAAAUUAAAAAACAAGAUGCCUUAAAAACGAAAAGGUCAGCGUCACCAUGACUUCAGCAGCUCACACUGGUGCUUACAUCAUCUUAACUCUGUCCAUUAUCAGCUUAUCAGGUUUCAAUGACCUUUUUCUGCCAAUAUGGGUUUAUUACUUUGAACUCAUCCAUCAAGUCAUUCACAAACUGAAAGAUUGCUGUCAUACUCUUUUUGAACACACUUACUGGUGGUAUCAGCUAAUCACUGCUCACGAUUACUCUUCUAGCACUAGUUGCUGUACCUUGAAACACAUAAUUAUCACCGUUGCUGCCGUGUACACUAUACCAGGUAUUCUGACUGGAAUUUCUCCACUUGGGUGAUGAAGCAGUUUGAAUCCACUGGUUUGAAACCUGAUGCUAAAGGGGGACGAAGGAGUAUUAGGGCCACAUUGAUAAGAAAAAAGAAAAUCGCCACAGUUAGCUAGUUAAAUGGAAAAUCUGGCUCCUACAGUUGGGAACUAAAAUGGGAAAGUAUCAUUUACAAGUUUUAGUAGCUUAGCUAGUAAAGCAAGCAAGUAAUGUAAGUUACAAAAUCUGUGUAGUAAAGCUAGUUAGGACUGAUGGCUAGUGACAUUGUCAACUAGCUAGUAAAGCUGGAAAUUAAAGCAGGUUACAGGUUCGGCUACUACUUAGUGCUUUGCUGAAGUUGGUUGCUGAAGUAGCCAACGCUUAUGCUAACUGCUAACUGGUAAUGUGAGCUGUUAAGGAUAGGUUGUAGAGCUGCUAUCUGUUAUUAAUAUAUGUACAAACAUGUAGCAAAUUUGACCUUUUGAUGAGUGCCACUUUCUACGAUCAAAAAAAAAAGGCAGAACAUGUAAAAACAUGUAGCAAAUCUUACCGUUUGACGAGUGCCACUUUUUACAAUAUAUUUUUUUGGUUCUAUCGUUGUCCUGAUCAUUUUCCUCUUUGGAUUAUCAAGAAUGAAACUGUGGCAAACUAAAAGCCGAAGAUUUUCGCAAUAGCGCGUCCCUAAUAGUCGUUCAUAAAACACGGUUCUAGAAUGAUUGUGUACGUGAAAUCAGAUAACCAAACCAAAACAACUGAAUGAAGAGAAAACACUUGUGAAAGAGCCACUCAUAGCAGGAGCGUCUGACGAAGCUGCGUCACAAGAACAUAAAUAAAUAAUGCUCAUAAAAAGAUGUCUGAGUAGAAUGACUUUAAAGCUACCUACAGCCACUUCGCCAGGAGAAUCUUCAACAUCUACUGUAGGUGCAUAUGGUGCUUUUCAACAUUGUCACAAACUGUUUGUCGUAUUCAUGCAACAAUUCAGGGUAGCUUGGAGAAAUAGUUAAAAAAAAAAAAGUAUAGGUUUUUAGGGUACUUUUUUUAGGAUGUGGACGACAUUUAGAGACAGUGGCGUCAUGUGAGACAUCGUACGACAUAUAUGACCAUGCUGAUGCAUUCGAAGAGGAAAGCGGAUGACGAUGAUCAUAGGUGCUCCAUGUAGUUUCAUUUAAAACUUUUGAUAGUCAAACAUAAGUAAAGCAUAAAUGUGUCCCUAAAGGAGUAACAGGUGAUUUUGACUGUUAAAGGAUUGUGUACACGUUGUGGAAUGGACUCAUCAAAUGAACAAAGGUCCGAUCCCUUGAGCAACGACGACUCUUAAGUUAUCUUAAUAAGACUGAUUAAACGCUUGUUGCUUUGUUCCUGUGUGGCACUUUUUUUUUGCAAAUGAUGAAAUCAUACUUUUAAGUGAAUACAAAGAUGACUUUCAUAGUUAGUGCACAAAAAAUGUAAAUUCUUUUAAAAUUCAGGCAUAUUGCUUUUUUUUGCGAAUUAUCAACUCUCAUGAUUCAAAGUGGACGCAAAGAUGAGUUUCACGGUUAGGGCACAAAAAAAUGUGGAUUUCAAUUAUUGUAAAUAUGUCUGCCGCGUCCCUAAAAAAAAGAAAAAAAGAAAAAAUCCAAUCCAUGAUAUGAAGCGUGUCAUCUCAUUCAGUGAUUGUCGUGCUUGCAGUAGCUGUAACUUAGGUUUGCGUCAAAGUGUAUCAGAACUAUACAGCAACUUCUACUGGUGUUUGUCAGAAACUUCUCGUGUAGAUCAUGUUCCUGCGUGUUCCGUCGUUCUGACGGGAUCAAGUGGUGAGCCUUAAUGUUUGGGGUGUUGUCUUGGAAACAGGGUAAAAUGAAAAGACAUAGUCUGGAUGCAAUGACAGAAUGAAUAAUUCAUUAAUGGUCAUGACUAUCAUUUCAAAUUGAACAUUUCAUCCCCAAAACAGCAGAUGUAUUGAUUUUCAAUAACCUAGAAGCCAAUACAGGUUGCUGAAUAGUCAUAUUUUUUGAGAAACUUGUUAACUAAAGGGUAAAUGUAAAAAAAACCAACCCAAAAAACACAGAUGUUAUGAGAUCUUUGCACAUGUUAAGGGUUUUACUGUGUUGUAAAUGCAUGUAAACUUGUUGUGUGAUGACGAGUGACAUGAAUUGUCUAUUAGGAAGAUCAUUAAUGAUUUCCUUUUUUUAAAAUACCCAGAUAUUUGAUAUUUCUUCUUCUUUGUUUUCUAAAGACUCCUUUAUAAAAGGUUAAUUUCUCUAUUUUGUACAAGGCAUCAUUGUAAAGACUGUAAAUAUGGCAGCAUUCUGGAUGAAGCAACUGUCAGUGGAGAGGGUUCAGAGUCCAAUAAUACACAGCCAGGCUAACAAAAGUAUCAAGAUGGCCGCCAUCCAUACAUCAAUACAUCACUGUUUGAUGACGCUGAAGUUAGCUUCCGCCUCGCCAGCCUCCGAUUCCAUUUAAGGUGGUGUUAACCUAAUAUGCAGUGUGACUGUUGGUCCACCGAUUCCCGUUUUUUUUGUGACACUUCUCGAUGUGAAAACAUUUUCGGUAAGACGGUACGUUUGCCUGACACCCACUAUUGUUUUUGUGAAACUUUUAUUCUAUUUGUGAAAAUUCAGUUAAGGCACAUUUAUACGUUUUUUCAGCAUCUAGCCCAUAUUAGACCCGGAACUUCGAAAACCACCGGACCUAGACUUCUCAAAUCUGGACUGGAUUCAUCGACAGACCCUGAAGGGUUCAUAAAAACAGAGUUUCUGACUUGUGAAAAUCGUAUUCUAUUUGUGAAAAUGCAAUAAAGGUACAUUUCUCCGAGUUCGGCCUCUAGACCAUAGGAGACCAGAUGCUGUUCCAAAAAUGACUUUGUCUUCUCAAAUCUGGACUGGAUUAAUAUACAGCUUGUCAGACAGUGAAAUGAACAUGGGGUUUACUAGACAGACCACUGCUAUAAUCGCGGUGCCAACACAGAAAUACCAGCACGACAUGUAAGUAAACACGCAUAGAGCAACUACUACUAUGGGGAAUAAUAAACGACGACGAUAUGAAGUCGAAACACGUAACUUUAACCACUCCUUACAAAUCAAGUACUGCAAAGCAUACUGAGAGCUGGAAUCACUCUCAAUACUUGACGCAGUUCAGCCUCACCCAGACUCUACAUCCAGCGGCCCCCAGUUAAACUGAGUUUAAAUCGCUGGUCUAGGUCCAGCGGUUUUUGAAGUGGACCAGGUAUAUUGUGGUCACCUAUGCCAAAAAUACACGUGAAUGUGCCUUUAUUGCAUUUUCACAAAUAGAAUAAAGGUUUCACAAAUAAGAAACUGUUUUUUUUUUAGCUUUGGGGUCUGUAGAUUAAUUCAGUACAAAUUUGAGACGUGUAGGCACAGUGGUUUUCGAACAGCACCUGGUCUAUUAUGGUCUACAAGCUGAAAACAGAGAGAAAUGCACCUUUAUUGCAUUUUCACAAACAGAAUAAAAGUUUCCUAAUUAAAAAACUAUGAUUUUAACAACCUUCCAGUCCAGAUGUGAGAAGUCUAGGUCCAGUGAUUUCUAGCUGCUGAAAAAAACAUAAAUGUUCUCUUAUUGCAUUUUCACAAAUAGAAUAAAGGGUUCACAAAUCAGACACUAUGUUUCGAUGAACCUUCAGGGUUGCUAGAUUAAUCUAGUUAAGAUUUGUGAAGUCCAUAGGCACAGUGGUUUUCGAACUGGACCGGUUCUUAUAUGGUCCAGAUGCUGAAAAAACUGAGAAACGUGCCUUCAAAUAAAAGUUUCACAAAUACAAUAGUGAAUGUCAGAUAAAGGUAAUGUCUUACCUAAAACGCCGAAAAUGUUUUCACAAUAAGAAGUGUCACAAAAAACAGACCGUUAGGACAAAAAGGUCACACUGCACAUUAUGUUAAUUGCACCGUAAAUUUCCCGCAAGUGCUGAAUCGGAAGCUGGCGAAUCGGAAGCCAACUUCAGCAUCGUCACUGUUCGUUUAAAUCAAUAAAGUACAUGUUAUAUUUCAUCAAAUGCUCCUUGUCUUUCAUUUGAUGAUGUGCAGCAGUGAUAUAAGUACUGACUUAACAGAAAUGAACAAAAACUGCCAAGAAAAGCACUGAAGUAAAACUUGGAGGGAAAAGUGUCUAGCUAAAGAAGCUGGCUAAAGCUAUCUAGUAUGUAAACAGAAAAUCUGGCUAGUGCCGCUAUCAACUAUAGCACACUAAGAAAUGUGAGCAGAAAAGCUAGCUUAUAUUCCUGGCCAGUAAAGUAGGUAACUAAUCACUUAGUUUAAAAUAUGGGCAGAAAACCUACCUGCAUUAAUAUUGCUAGCUGAUAAAGAUGUCCAGCUAGCAAAACUGGUAAGUAAAGCCAGUUAUUCAAUUCAAAGUCAGUAGUAUCACCAACCAGUAAUGUUAACUUGCCAAAUCUGUGCCAAAGUAA